CUGGCAGAGCGCCGGAUGGGAGGCGCGGGCGGGCGGGCGCUGCGGCUCUUCCCUUUUGCUUUCGGGAAGCGGUCGGGGCUGCGCGCUCGGCUCGGCGGGGCGGCUCCGGCGCCCGGCUCCCGGUGCCCGGCCGGCGGGAGGCGCGAGGCGGGAGGCGGGCGGGGGCAGGCGGGCGGGCGGCGCGGAGCGAGGGGCUCACGUACGGCCCAGCGCUGGGAUUUCUCGGCUCGCGAGGAGAGCGGAGCAGGCGCGCGGCCCGGGCGGGGGAGCGCGGACUCUGGAGCAGCCGGAGCUGGAGGAGGAGGAGGAGGAGAGGCGGCGGGGACGCAGGAGGCGGGGGAGAGCCGCUCCCGCCCGGCGAGCAUGGGGCGCCUGGCGCCGAGGCCGCUGCUGCUGGCGCUCCUGGGGCUGGCUCUGUGUCGAGGGCGUGUGGUGAGAGUCCCCUCGGGGAGCCUGGUGCGGGUGGUGGGCACCGAGCUGGUCAUCCCCUGCAACGUGAGCGACUAUGACGGCCCCAGCGAGCAGAACUUCGACUGGAGCUUCUCGUCUUCGGGCAGCAGCUUCGUGGAGCUGGCCAGCACCUGGGAGGCGGGCUUCCCGGCCCAGCCGUACCGGGAGCGCCUGCAGAGGGGCGAGAUCCUGCUGCGGCGGACCGCCAACGAUGGCGUGGAGCUCCACAUCAAGAAUGUCCAGCCCUCGGACCAGGGCCACUACAAGUGUUCCACCCCCAGCACCGACGCCACCGUCCAGGGCAACUAUGAGGAUAUAGUGCAGGUUAAAGUGUUGGCCGAUGCCCUGCAGGUGGGUGCCGUUGCGCCGCCCGAGCCGGGCCUGAGCCUGCGCCUGGGCGAGCCGUUCGAGCUGCGCUGCUCGGCCUCCACGGCGUCGCCGCUGCACACGCACCUGGCGCUGCUGUGGGAGCUGCAGCGGGGCACGGCCCGGCGGAGCGUGCUGGCCCUGACCCACGAGGGCCGCUUCCGCCCGGGGCCCGGCUACGAGCAGCGCUACCGCGUGGGAGACGUGCGCCUGGACACCGUGGGCGCCGACGGCUACCGCCUGUCCGUGGCCCGCGCCCUGGCCGCCGACCAGGGCUCCUACAGGUGCGUGGUCAGCGAGUGGAUCGGAGAGCAGGGCAGCUGGCAGGAGAUUCAGGAGAAAGCCGUGGACGUGGCCACCGUGCUGAUCCAGCCGACAGUUCUGCGAGUGGCUGUGGCCAGGAAUGUGUCUGUGGCUGAAGGAAAGGGGUUGGACCUGACCUGCAACAUCACAACCGACCGAGCAGACGACGUCCGACCCGAGGUGACAUGGUACUUCAGCAGGACGCCUGAUGGCGCUUGGCCUGGCGCCCCCGUGCUGGCACGGCUGGACCGGGAUUCCCUGGUGCACAGCUCUCCUCACGUGGCCCUGAGUCACGUGGAUGCACGCUCCUACCAUUUACUGGUUCGAGACGUUAGCAAGGAAAACUCCGGCUACUAUUUCUGCCACGUGGCGCUCUGGGCACCCGGACACAACAGGAGCUGGCACAAGGUGGCAGAGGCCAGGUCUGCCCCGGCCAGUGUGGAUGUGACCUGGCUAGAACCAGACUAUCAGGUGUACCUGAAUGCUUCUAAGGUCCCCGAGUUUUCAGACGACCUCACGGAGCUGGAGUGCCGCAUAGUGGACAUGAAGAGCUUGCAGGCCAGCGUCCGUUUCACGGUGUCCUGGUACUACAGGGUGAACCGGCGCAGCGAUGACCUGGUGGCCAGCGAGCUGCUUGCAGUCAUGAACGGGGACUGGACGCUGAAGUACGGAGACCGGAGCAAGCAGCGGGCCCAGGACGGAGACUUUAUUUUUUCUAAGGAGCGUACGGACACGUUCAGUUUCCGAAUCCAAAGGACCACAGAGGAAGACCGAGGCAGUUAUUACUGUGCUGUGUCCGCGUGGACCAAACAGCGUAACGACAGCUGGGUCAAGAGCAAGGACGUCUUCUCCAAACCCGUCAACAUAUUUUGGGCAUCGGAAGAUUCCGUGCUUGUGGUGAAGGCAAGGCAGCCAAAGCCUUUCUUUGCCGCAGGAAAUACAUUUGAGAUGACGUGCAAAGUGUCUUCCAAGAAUAUUAAGUCGCCGCGGUACUCUGUCCUCAUCACCGCUGAGAAGCCUGUUGGGGACCUCUCCAGCCCCAAUGAAACCAAGUACAUCAUCUCCCUGGACCAGGAUUCCGUGGUGAAGCUGGAGAACUGGACAGACGCCUCGCGGGUGGAUGGCGUUGUGCUCGAGAAGGUGCAGGAAGAUGAGUUUCGCUAUCGAAUGUACCAGACUCAGGUGUCGGAUGCGGGGCUGUACCGCUGCGUGGUGACAGCCUGGUCUCCUGUCCGGGGCAGCCUGUGGCGAGAAGCAGCAACCAGUCUGUCCAACCCUAUUGAGAUCGACUUCCAGACUGCUGGUCCUAUAUUUAAUGCCUCCGUGCAUUCAGACACACCGUCGGUUAUCCGGGGAGAUCUGAUCAAGCUGUUUUGUAUCAUCGCUGUUGAAGGAGGAGCGCUGGAUCCAGACGACAUGGCCUUUGACGUGUCCUGGUUCGCGGUGCACUCCUUCGGUCUGGACAAGGCUCCCGUCCUCCUGUCUUCUCUGGAUCGGAAGGGGAUUGUGACCACGGCCGAGAGAGACCGGAAGAGCGAGCUCAGCCUGGAGCGUGUGGGCGUGCUGGAAUUCUUGCUGCGAGUCCAUGGCUCCGAGGACCAGGACUUUGGCAACUACUACUGCUCCGUGACCCCGUGGGUGAGGUCCCCAACAGGCUCCUGGCAGAAGGAGGCAGAGAUCUACUCCAAGCCCAUCUUUGUGACUGUGAAGAUGGAUGUGCUGAACGCCUUCAAGUACCCGCUGCUGAUCGGCGUGGGCCUGUCCACCGUCAUCGGGCUCCUGUCCUGCCUCAUCGGGUACUGUAGCUCCCACUGGUGCUGUAAGAAGGAGGUCCAGGAGACAAGGCGUGAGCGCCGCCGCCUCAUGUCCAUGGAAAUGGACUAGGCCACGCCGGGGGAGCCGCGACAGGGGCGGUCUAGGAGCGACGGGGCGGGAGGAGGACCGCGAUCUUUUUCACGCGCAGUGUGUGACACUAGAAACCAGUCCUCUCCGAUCUCAGGUGGGACCGGGCGCUCCCUCCCCCCCGCAUGUCAAGUUCUGAGCGCGGACACGUUUACCAGCCCACGACUCUUCUUCCCACGGCACUUUCUGGUAGAACAAUCGCGUGUGUGUGUUCCCGGCUGCGGCUUUUUAAUGGUUACCCUCUGUCUAAUUUUUUUCUCCUACCGGUUUAUAGAUCUCUGACCUGUGUGUGUUCGUAUGUUUGGUUUCGAGGGGUCGCGGUGAGGAAGGACGGUGGCUCUCAGAGUUCUUUGUCUUAGGUGAGGACAGAGCUGCCCGCCGGGAGCCAGCUUCCGUGUCGGGCCCGUGUUAGGAGGGCCGCUAGACGAAGCCGUCCGCCCCGGCCCAGCGACAACACAGACCUGUGCCGCAGGCUCAUUCGUGGCAUUGACCACCCUACCCACCCCGUAUUUUCAGGGGUUUAGACAUUUGAAAUCUAAACUUGCAGUAUGUAACUUCUUACUGAGCCCAAAUGCUUUUUUUUUCUUUUCCUUUUCCUUUUUUUUUUUUUUUUGUUUUGCUUCUCUGCCCCCUUUCCAUUUCUUUCGUAUUUGCUUUAUGUGAGCGUGCUGAAAUGGCCCUGGAAUCUAGAAUUUGGCUCCCCACCAAGCACCUUAUCUUGCCACCUUAGCCUUAAGAAUGAAUAUGAAGAAAAAUACACAGCCACCUCUGUCCGGGGCAGUAAGAAGGUCCUCAAGGAAGACGAGGUUGGGGACAAGGGAAGGAGCAGGCCCUCACUCCGAUGGUUCUGAGGCCGCCGUGCCUCAGGGGGCCCCAGGGAGCGCAGAAGAGGGUCCUGGGGGGUCAGCUGUCCUCGGCUCGGGCCAGGAGUGUCGGGGGUGCCGGGGCUGUGUCUGGAGGAGGACGCCACCUCCGUCCCCCUCUCCAGCCCUUCGUGGAAGGCGAAGGCCUCGGCCACCGAGGGACACCCACACGUGUACCCCACGUCCUUCGUGGCUGCUUGGGCUCCUUAAUGUGAAGGUGUAUUGCUGCUUGCAAGACUGACCGACUUCACAGAAGCAGAAAUUGCCUGGAAGAACCGUGCAUUUUCCAUGACCUUUUCAGCCCUUCAAGUCGUCGUAAGACCCCCCGCCGGGGGUCAGCAAGCAAGGGUACGCUUUGUGGUAUGUUUGCUUUCCUGUUAGGAACACGAAGGAAACCAGCAAUUUACUGCCGUGUGAACAGCCUACAAAGUAGAUCUGAGAGCAAUCCGUUUUGCCCGACUGCUCGUACCCGGAGUAGGACGCGGACCAAAAGAGCUCCUCUGCUCCCUGAGGCAUCUGCCCCUGCAUAGCACUGGCCUUUCGGAAGCAUCCCAGUGGGCUUUCUGAGGCUCACUGGUGAGUCAUGCCCCGCAUUGCAAUCCUCUGCGCUUUCAUCCUGGCUCUGACGGAUCUCACGCUGCUCUGUCUUCCGAAGGGAAAAAAGAUUCGUUUGUUUUGAGCAAUAAAGUCCUACAAAAUGA